GCAAUAAUUGAGUCAAAAAUCAAACCACUCAAUCCAUUUGGUUGCUUUCAAGGAUCAGUUUCCAUGGAAGAAGAUAUAAAGUGAGUGAGUGGGUUUGCUUGAAUGUUGCUUUGAACAGUACUCAGGUUAUAUCACAGAUUAUCACCUUAAUCUGCGAUGAAAGCCCGAAGAGAUUCAUGUUUUAGACAUUUUCCAGCUUGGUGGAACCCACAAGCAAGUGUAUGGUGCUGCUAAACUGGGGAACAUAAUCAGGGUGAACUAGAAUUCAAAACAACUAACAGAUUUUCAGCUUGCCCAAGGGAUACAACUCUGCACGGCCAAUUGAUACACCUGAGACAAUAAUGCCACCCUUGCCCUAUCAAGUAAUCAAGAGGAAUUACAAGACUUGCCUGAAGGGAAACAGUAGGAUACAUGGUAUAGACAAUAUCUGUUCCCUGCUGGAUGAGUGCAGCCAGUGAAGAUGGGUGGUUUCAACACACAUUUUGUGGUCGACAGCAACUCUCAGACUGCUGUGGGGGGUUUCAGCCAUCCAAACAAACCCAACUGGAUCACAGCCCAUGCCAUUGCAACUGAAUUGAGUAUAGCGGAGGUGGAGAGACUGUGGAAGCGGUUUCAGCAGCUGGGGUGUACUGUAGAUGGGGUACUGACAGAGGACAAGCUCAGGGCAUCACAGCUACAGUCAGAUGCCUUCAUCAGGAAUAUCCUGAAACAGUUCAAGGCUGGGGAUGGAACGAUUUCUUUUGAGACUUUCCUCCGGGCUCUGAAGUGGGCAGAGAUGCAGGACAAUCGCACCAAGGCAAGAGCAAUCUACAGUCUACUCAACAAUGGCAAUCCACUCAACAAGGACAUACUGUCUCGCAUCAUGAGGCGAGUUUAUCCUGACGAUAACUCGGAUGACAUCCAGAGAGUGACCAGCAUGUUUUUCAAACAAAUGGAUCCGCAAGGAAGAGGGAUGAUCAACGAGGACCAGUUUGUGGACGGGGUGAUGAAGCUGCCCCAGUCAGUGCUGGUCAGUGUCCUAGCCUUCAACAUACUACCCCAGGACAUGAGAGAGAGGGUCCACAGAAACCUGCCUGAGUUCAGCAGUCGAGACGUAAGUCGUCAAGCAGGCUUCACCCCUGGCAACCCACCCCCGACAUAUCGACCAACCACCAUCAGUCCUCAAGGUCGUAUGACAGUGAGGCAGGUGCCAUCCGAUGCCAUCUUGAGGGAAAUCGCGGAGAAGAUUCACAGACGAGACUGGGAUCUAUUGGCUAACAGACUCGGGUUCCUUACAGAGGACAUCAACGGCUUCAGAGAAAUAUAUACUGAUAACUCCCAGCUGCAGGUGUACACAAUGCUUAAGGACUGGAAGAUGAGGGAGGGGAUGAACGCCCGGGCAGACCUACUGGAGACCGCUCUCAGAGAGGCCAAUAUGGUGGACGCCUCACUCAUCUUGUCUCCCUGACGUCGCAACUAAACUGAGACAUGUUUGGGAUAUGAUAAUUCCUACACAUACUUUUAGGCACUUUCACAUUUGACUGGAGAUCAUAUGUACCUUGACAUUUACAUGUAUAGCCUUCCUGCAAUAGAGCCCUUAAUUAGAUUAAUGGUGUAACAGUUCUUAGUGGGUUUCACAAUCAAUUCUGUUAGGACAGUUUCUUCUGGGUUUAUGUUUGGUAUCAACUUGGAGGUGGCACUUAUUCUACAUGAAUGGAGUUUUAUAUGAACAUUUAAGUGCUGUAAACAUCAAGGGUGUCGUAUGUAAACCUAAACUCACUACUUCAAAAGUUGGGGUAAAGCAAUACUGGCUUUUUCAUACAUUAUUCCAUCUGAACUUUCCGAACAGCUCUAGCACUCCAUGGCCUAAAGGAGCUGGUCAUGAAUGCUAGAGUAAUUAAAGAAUUCUUCAUUUGGAUCUAACAAAAUAAUUCAUACAGCAUCAAUACCACAGAUUGAAAAAUCUUCAGCAUAGCAGUGAAAUUUCUAUGAAUGGCUCGCUGAAAGUCUGUGAUGACACAAGGUGUUCUCGAAAAAGGUAAACAUGUACUGCCCUACAAGCGAGUCAUUCAAUGGUUCAAAUGAUACCAGACUGCAAAAUACUGCUUCCUCAAAUCACUGGAUUGGUUGAAUAUAUGACAAGGUGAGCUACAGCGAGGUAGUUCUACCAGUACAAGCUGUUACGUUUCCAAAGACUUAAAUUGGCAGCUGCAGCUCUCUCACCCCGUCCAUGUGUGUUGUAUAUGAUGUGUUCUGUUUACACCAGCUGAACCACAUCAGUUGAGACACCCUGGAACACAAACCACAGGUGAUUCUCAUUGUGUUUUAUGUUAUUUACAUCAUUUGAAUUCAUAUUCCGUCCAAACAAUAUUUCUUUACAUUCCAUCCAGCUGUUUUCAGUGAUUGCCAAAAUAAAGACUAUGUUUGUAA